AUGGCGAACGACAACAACAAUAUUUCAGAGACUUCCAAAACGCUAUCGGUUCAGUCAACAAGAAACCCUACAAGCGAUAAAGAUGUCGAGCUCGACGAUUGUAGCGACACCGUCAACGAAACUACAGAGCAUGAUUCCAGUACAGUGGACUGGGAUGGUCCGCAGGACCCGAACAAUCCGCUCAAUUGGACUCUUACUGUCAAAUGGGUUCACAUUAUCAUCGUAUCGAUAAUGACUCUCUUCUCGCCUCUGGCGUCUACCAUGUUCGCACCAGGUGCGCCACAAGUCUCCGAGGAGUUCCACAACACGAAUUCAACGGUGUCGGCACUUUUUGUCUGUGUAUACCUUCUUGGAUGGACUGUUGGGCCCCUCGUAAUUGCACCUUGCAGCGAGUUGUAUGGACGGACGGUAGUGUAUCACGUUAGCAACAUCUUUUUCAUCAUUUUCAGUGUGGCUUGUGCUCUUUCAGCUAGCACAGGAAUGUUGAUUGCUUUCCGCUUCCUGGCUGGCUGCGCUGGUAUUGCGCCUGUCACAAAUGGCGCGGGAACUAUUGCCGAUCUUAUGCCUAUGAACCAGCGAGGAGCUGCCAUGGCCCUAUGGACUUUAGGUCCUGUGAUUGGACCUAUCAUUGGACCUGUUGCUGGUGGCUUUCUAGCAGAGUCUUUGGGUUGGCGUUGGAUUCUAUGGGUGUUCACAAUCGCAUAUGGACUUUGUGUCUUGCUUGGGUUUGUCUUCCUCCGAGAGACAUAUGCCCCAGUACUCCUGCAGAGGAGAGUCCUAAGGCUACGAAGGACGACGGGCAAUGCAGACCUUCGUUCGAAACUCGACAAUCAGCUCUCUGCACGAGUACAAUUCCUCCGGGCCAUUGUGCGUCCCUUAAAGCUCAUGUGCACUUCUGUCAUCUGCGGAUUGCUGUCACUCUACAACGCCAUCCUCUAUGGCAUCAUGUUCCUCCUUUUCACGACCUUCCCACAGGUCUUCCAAGAGGGUUUCGGCUUCUCAGAGAGUUCAGCUGGACUGGCCUAUAUCGGCGUCGGCGUCGGACUAUUAAUUGGUUUGGCCAUCAACGGGUUAGCAUCCGAUCGCAUCUUGAAACGACUUGCUAAGAGGAAAAAUCAUGGCGAAAGUAAGCCUGAGUCCCGCCUACUCAUUAUGGGAUUCCUUGGUCCAUUGGCUCCUGUCGGACUAGUUAUCUAUGGCUGGACCGCUGAACAUAUGCUUCAUUGGAUCGUACCACUUUUCGGAACAGCCCUCGUCGGCAUCGGGCUCAUAUCGAGCUUCUUGGGCAUUAUGACAUACAUCGUGGUUAGUGAAUUGACAACCUUCGAAGGGUACAACCUCUAA